CAAUACACAUUACAUUGAAAUCAGGAAAUUGAGUGAUGAAGUUUAGUUACUCUCUGUCCUUCGUAGUAAGUGGUCUUGUAAAAUGGCUACAAUGUUAAGCAGGGGUGUGACUUUGGUCGAGUCAAUUUCCAGGAAAAAUUGUAUAAAGCUGUUGGUGGCCAACACCCCUGCCCUACCAUGGAACCAGCAACCCCACAGAAACCUGAACGUACACGAGCAUAUCAGCUACACUCUACUGAAGGAGGCAGGGAUCCCGGUGCCUCAGUUUGGUGUGGCUAAGACCAAAAAAGAGGCUGCUGACAUUGCCAAGAAACUUAACAUCAAGGACAUCGUACUGAAGGCCCAAGUGCUGGCUGGAGGUCGAGGCAAGGGCCACUUCAAGGGUGGACUCAAGGGCGGAGUUCGGAUGUGUUACACGCCGGAGGAGGCAGAGGAUCUGGCAGGCCAGAUGCUCGGGGAUUUCCUCAUCACCAAACAGACAGGGGAGAAGGGGCGCAUCUGUAAUGCUGUCAUGGUCACGGAGAGGAAGUUUCCUCGCAGAGAGUUUUACUUUGCCUUCAUGAUGGAACGUGCUUUCGCUGGUCCAGUGUUGAUAGCUUCAUCUCAGGGAGGAGUGAACAUCGAAGAAGUAGCUGCAGAGAACCCUCAGGCCAUCCUGUACGAGCCUGUGGACAUAACACAAGGUCUGUCUAAAGACACGGCACUGAAGGUUGCAGACAAGGUUGGUCUACAAGACAAACGAGACCAGACUGCGGAAAUGUUGCUCAAAAUGUAUGAUCUCUUCCUCAAGAAAGACGCUCUACUAAUUGAAAUCAAUCCUUAUGCUGAAGACCAAGCAGGAAAUUAUUUCUCUCUGGAUGCUAAGAUGAGGUUUGAUGAUAAUGCAGACUUCAGACAGAAAGAUUUGUUUGCUCUGCGGGAUUGGACACAGGAAGAUGAGAAAGAGGUUGAGGCGGCCAAGUAUAACCUUAAUUAUAUCGCACUUGAUGGAGACAUCGGGUGUCUAGUGAACGGAGCUGGGCUGGCCAUGGCCACCAUGGAUAUCAUCAAGCUGCACGGUGGCAAUCCAGCCAACUUCCUGGAUGUAGGAGGUGGUGCUACAGCCCAGCAGGUCAAAGAGGCCUUCAAGAUCAUCACAGCUGAUCCCAAGGUUUACGCUAUCAUGGUAAACAUUUUUGGAGGCAUCAUGAGGUGUGAUGUCAUUGCAGAAGGAAUCAUUGCUGCUGCCAAAGAACUGAAUCUCAAAAUCCCUAUAAUUUGCAGGCUUCAGGGGACCAAUGUGGAUGACGCCAAGGUGCUAAUUGCGUCCAGUGCUAUGAAGAUCCUGCCCUGUGAUAACCUAGACGAGGCAGCUCGACUGGCAGUCAAGCUGUCCUCAAUUGUUGGUCUGGCGAGGGCUGCUAAGCUGGAUGUCAACUUUGAGAUGCCUCUAUAGGCUUUCUUUUUAAUCUUUAGGCAAGAAGGUUAAAGACUCUACGCACGCAUCAUACUUUGCACUUAUUGUCCCAUCAUGUUCCUUUCUAGUAGUAUUUCAUUUAUUCAUUCUGAUCCGUGUAAAUUUGUAAAAUAUUACUGAAAAAUAAGUUAAUAUAUGUUGAUAAAAUGUAUACUUUAAUAUCCACUUCACUGAUAAAAAUAUUAUUUCAAUAUUGUUUUAAACAAUUUUUGCAGUGAAGCAGUUAGUAUAUUUUUAGUCAAAUUUUAAGCUUGACUAAAUAUUGUUACUUAUAUCUUUUACUCAUAUUUAUUUUCCACCCACAUGUUGAAGACUAGCUUUAUUUAAAUUUUUAUGGGAUUAACUGUUUUUUUACUCCAACAUGCUGAACAAAAAAUGUGAUUCAAGUUUGGAAAUAUUUUUUUACAUUUAGGUGCAUCAUCAUGAAAGAAAUUUACUAAAGUGUGAAAUUUUUUAUCAUAAUAAAGAAUACAUCUAUUUUAUUGUUUUUAAAAUGUUUGUGAUAUUUUAAAAUUGUUUUAAGCCUGUAUACAUAAUAUAAAAGUAAAGUUGGGGUAUUAAAUGCUGGAUGGUACUGUAAAAAUAGUUUAGUAAUCUAAAAUAAAUCAUAGUUUUUAAAUUUAAAAAAUCCCUUAAUUAUUUUUAACUUGAAUUAUAGUUUUGACAUAAAUUGCAAAAGGAAAAUGUUGUUUUUAGACACAACAAUACUCUUUAUAUUAUAAUUUGAUCAAAAAUGUUUAAAUUGAAAA